CGGGGGGAAAGCAGGUUUUAGGAGAAAGUAGGGGCGCGCCAAGGGGCACAGGGGCGCGGGUGGCUCUGCGGGGCUGCAGUGCCCGUGCGUUUUUAUCAGAGCAAAUACGGUCUCUGCCACGUGCAAGCCCGACUUGGAUCCCUGCAAUGGCUAAUGAAGCCAACCCCUGCCCAUGUGAUAUUGGCCACAAGAUGGAAUAUGGAGGCCUGGGGCACGAGGUCCAGAUCGAGCACAUGAGGGCAUACGUCAGCAAGCCUCCCGUCAACACCGGCAGAGCCGUGAUUGUCAUCCAGGACAUAUUUGGCUGGCAGCUGCCAAACACCAGAUACAUGGCUGACAUGAUUGCGGCGAACGGAUACACCACCAUCCUCCCAGACUUCUUCGUUGGGCGAGAGCCGUGGUGUCCCUCCAGUGACUGGGCCACCUUCUCAGAGUGGCUGAAGACAAGAAACGCCCAGAAGGUCGACAGAGAGGUGGAUGCAGCCCUCAAGUACCUGAAGCUGCAGUGUGGCGCCCAGAAGUUCGGCAUCGUGGGGUUCUGCUGGGGCGGUGUGGCCGUCCACCACUUGAUGGCGACGCGCUCGGAGUUCAGGGCUGGGGUGUCCAUCUAUGGCAUCGUUAAGGACUCCGAGGACGUGUACAAUUUGAAGAACCCGACGCUGUUUAUUUUUGCUGAAAACGAUGCGGUGAUUUCUCUUGACGAAGUGUCUCUGCUGACCCAGAGGUUGAAAGACCACUGCAAGGUUGAGUACCAAAUUAAAACAUUUUCUGGGCAAACGCACGGGUUCGUGCACCGAAAGCGAGAAGACUUCACCCCGGCAGACAAGCCCUACAUCGAGGAGGCAAGAAGGAACCUCGUGGAGUGGCUCAGCAAGUACGUGUAGCUGUGACACAGCGUCAGCUUUCUCGAGAUAGCUUUACCCAGGAAUGUGCUGGAAAAUACGCAGAUUCUUCCAUUUUCCCUUUACAUAAAAUGUAUCAAGAAAUCUUAAAAUGAUUUAAUCUGAAACCUGAACUCACUAGGUUAAUGUAUGGAAUCAUUGCACUUGGCUUUUAACACGUACACACAAUAAAAAUGAAUGAAA